AUGGCUGGUCAGCAGACUGUAUUGCUCGCGAGUUUGCUUUUCCCUGGGUUUCUAGUUUCAGAAGCUGCCAAAAUUCUGACAAUAACUUCAUUUGGUGGAAGUCAUUGCCUACUGAUGAAUUGUGCCUCUGAAGUUCUCCAAGAGCAUGGUCACCAGGUGACCAACAUUGUUUUUGAUAUACCAUUCAUCUCAGGUUUAAACAAACAGCAAAAAUCAUACCAGGUAAUUAAUUGGGUUCCACCUGAAGAGCAACGAAAUAAAAUUCAAAGACAAUUUGAUCUCCUUGUGAAAGAAAGCCUUCAUGGCAGACAUGAAUUCCAAGCCAUCGUAAAGCUUUAUGAGCACUAUGGGACUUCAUGCAGUCACUUGCUAAGCAGAGGUGACAUCAUGGAUUCCUUAAGGAAUGAAAACUUUGACCUGUUGUAUUUUGAUGCGUUGGGUCUCUGUUCUUUCCUGAUUGCUGAGAAGAUUGGAAAACCAUUUGUAGUUUUUCUUUCUGUACUGGCUAGCAGUAUUGACUUUGGACUCCCAAGCCCCUUGUCUUAUGUUCCAAUGUCUGGUUCUCUCCUGACUGACAAAAUGGACUUCUGGGGCCGAGUCAAGAAUUUUCUGAUGAGAAUUGAUUUCUCCAUGAGACAAAAGAAAAUACAUUCUCAGUUCGACGGCACCAUCCGGGAGCAUUUUGAAGAAGACUCUCAGCCAGUUUCGUCUCAUCUCUUACAGAAAGCUGAGCUGUGGUUUCUUAGUUCUGACUUUGCCUUAGAGUUUGCUCGCCCCCUGCUUCCUAACACUAUUUAUGUUGGAGGUUUACUGGACAAGCCUGUUAAACCAAUACCACAGGACUUGGAAAAUUUUAUCACUCAGUUUGGAGACUCAGGUUUUGUCCUUGUGUCCCUGGGCUCCAUAGCAACCAUGCAUCAGACCAUGGAAAUUAUUAAGGAGAUGAACAGUGCCUUUGCUCACCUCCCUCAAGGGGUGCUAUGGACAUGUAAGGAUUCUCACUGGCCCAAAGAUGUCAGAUUGGCCCCAAAUGUGAAAAUAGUGGACUGGAUUCCUCAGAAUGACCUGUUGGCUCAUCCUAGAAUCCAUCUGUUUGUCACCCAUGGGGGACUGAAUAGUGUAAAUGAGGCCAUCCAGCAUGGAGUACCCAUGGUGGGGAUUACUAUUUUUGGAGACCAACCUGAAAACAUGGUCCGAGUAGAAGCAAAGAACAUUGGUGUUUCUAUUCAAAUACAGACACUCAAGGCAGAGACGUUUGCGCUCACAAUGAAAGAAGUCAUAGAAGACAAGAGGUACAAGUCUGCAGCCAUGGCUGCCAGAGCCAUCAGGCGCUCCCACCCCUUGACAUCUACCCAGUGUCUGGUGGGCUGGAUUGACCACAUCCUACAAACCGGGGGAGGAGCACACCUAAAGCCCCAUGCCUGUCAACAGCCAUGGCAUGUUCAAAACAUGCUGGAUGUCCUGUUGUUUCUGUUGGGGUUCACUCUAGGCACCUUGUGGCUAGUUAAGAAAGUGCUGAGCUUGUUGCUCAGGUCCCUGGAUGAAGAUCUCUUAUCUAAAAGAAAAGUGAAAGUUGGUGAGAUUGAUGUCCUGACGAAGCCAUCCCUCGGCUGGUAG